AAACUGUCACGUAAAGCCAGGAAAGUUGUAUGUGAAUGUGCCUUAAAAGACGAUAUGCUUUUCUGAAUGUUUGAAUCAAUCUGUAUUUCUGAAUUUCAACUGUUUAGUAGGUUUGGGAUUGGAAAGUGCUAUACCACAAUAACUUUAAUUAUAACAAUGUGAAAUAUGAAUCAAAAGUUCCAUACUAUAAAUCAGUGAGGUUUAGUCUGCAACAAGAGUAAAUGAUAAAUAAAGAUGGUUUUCUACUUUAAAAGCAAUAUUGUGUCGCCCCCAGCUUUAAUUUACAUGGGAAAGGAUAAGUACGAAAAUGAAGAACUUAUACGCUGGGGAUGGCCAGAAGAUGUUUGGUUUCAUGUUCACAACUAUUCUUCUGCUCAUGUGUACUUAAGACUCCAAGAGGGCCAAACUAUAGAUGAUAUUCCGCAAUCUGUUCUCAAUGACGCAGCUCAAUUGGUAAAAUAUAACAGCAUUCAAGGAAAUAAGAUGAACAAUAUAGAUGUCGUUUAUACAUUAUGGUCGAACCUCAAGAAAACAGCUGAUAUGGAAGUUGGCCAAAUAGGAUUUUAUUGCGAAAAGAGCGUGAAAAAAAUCCGUGUUGAAAAAAGGGUAAAUGAAAUUGUUAACCGACUGAAUAAAACGAAAACUGAAGACCAGCUAGAUUUGCGUCGUCAAAGAGAAGAAAGAGACUCCGAGGAGAGAAGGGAGAAGAAGCAUAUUUUAAAAGCCCAGCGGGAAAAGGAGGAAGAAGAAAUAAUGCGCCAAAAGACGGAAGCAGAACAACGUAGUUAUGAUAAAUUGUUUAAGCCUGAGUGUAUGUCUAGUAAUUAUGAUGAUGGAAAUGACUCUGAUGAUUUUAUGUAACAAUAAACUAGUAACCCAAAAAUAAGAAUAUAUUUCAAUCCAACUAGAACUAAAUAAUAUACUAAUUAUAUAUUCAAUAACUUUUUUUUUACUUACUUGCGCACAAACCGAUCGAAUGAAUGGCAACCUUAACCCACGUCAAUAUGAAAAAAAUAUAUAUAAGCGAUCUGGCAGUACUAAAUUAUCGAUAAAAAAAUUGCUGUAAAUCUACACUUCUCACCACUAAUUUCUACUUCCGUUCUUUUCCUACUUGUAAGGCAAAGUGCACAGAAUGGCGGCGCAUAAAUCUUUCAGGAUUAAACAAAAGCUUGCUAAAAAGCUUAAGCAGAAUCGUUCGGUUCCUCAAUGGAUACGUUUACGUACGGGAAAUACUAUUAGAUACAAUGCGAAGAGACGCCACUGGAGGCGCACAAAAUUGAAGUUGUAAAUUUAUCUUUAUCAGUUGUUUGCGGUAAUACAGCGUACUAUAUAACUUCAAUAAAAGUUCAUUAAAAAAAACGA